UAGGGUUCGUGUGAGGGCGAUGUUUGUUGGGAGUAACUUUGAUGUAUAAGGAGAAGCUUCUAGGUUUUGAAAUGGGUAGGGGAUGCUAAAUGUCUGUUUUUGUUUUUUUCCCCUCUAGUGUGUGAAACGACAACGUGUGCUGAAUUUUUUUUUUAGAUAAGCGGCACCGUUUUGCUGAAGGGAUAGCGUGUUUGUUCUUUGCAUGCGUCAACCCCUUUUUUCUUGUAAACGUCAUCGUUAUUUCGUACUGAAUGCUGGGAGAGGUCAGUGUGAAAUGGACUAUAAAAAAGAUUGAAAUGUCCUUCAAUUCAAUUGAAUGGCUACUGUGCGCGUUACUGUUUUAUCCGUUUUUCUCUUUUAUUAGUAUAUACUAUAGAUCCGCCGUCCUUACCCUUAUCAAAAGCCCAAUAAGAUUAUUCCGCUUCCCCGAAAAAAAAAAGUUUUUCUACUUAAUAAUAGUUUUUGCUUGCAGUUUGCAUGGCUUGACCUGUGAAUUUGAGCAAAACCCGGGGGUUGAUAGUAAUUAAUCCUGUAUGUAAUUUUGAUUUUUCUUUGCCGUUGAGCUCUAGUCUUGGAGUAACGAGCCGGACCAAAAGAAACAAGAAGUGAGAAGCGACACAAUAGAAAACAGGAAGUAAAAUUCAGAGGAGAAGGGAAGAAAUGGCAAACCCUAGAAGAAGCUCCUAUUCAAACAGUUCAGAGAACCCAUUUCAGGUCCAAAACCUAUCAAGAUUAUCAUCUCUCAAACACUUCUUAAAGAAACCACAUGCCUUCCCUUUCUUACUUUCAAUCUUUCUCUUCCUCACUUGGCUCUCUCUCAAGCUUCAGCACCGUAAUGCUUCCAAUUUCGCUUCUUCUUCUUCUUCUUCUUUUAAUCUUCACCAACAAACCAAAUCUACAAAAGUUGAUGAUAAGAAUGCCAAUUUAAUCAGAUUUAAAUCUGACUUCUUCGCUUCUCCAAUCAUCAAAGACAAGCGUGGCUGGCUCCUAGACCCUGUCUCUCUUGCCCUGGAUUCUGGCAUUACAGGUGGAGCAGUAUCUUGUGCCUCAUUACAUGUUGGUGAAAUUAGACCUGGCACUGUGAGGGGAAAUCACAGACACUAUACUUGCAAUGAGACUUUUGUCAUUUGGGGUGCCAAAACAUUGUUUAGGUUGGAAAACGGCCAGAUAGUGGAUAAAGGCUAUGCUGAAGUGGUAAUUGGUGCAGAUGAAGUUGCUAUUGCAGCUAGUCCAAGUGGAACUGCCCAUCUUCUGGUAAAUUUAGAUCCCAUACUUAGUACAUUUUUCAUUGGGUGCCAAGACAAUCUAAUGAACUAUAAUGAUUCAACUACUGAUUUCAACGUUUGGAAAGAUUUUUAAUGUUUUUGUGUCAUCUUUACCUGCUUUUGCUGUUACCAAACAUGCUGAGACACGAAGUACGUGUUUAUUCUUUCUUCAGCAUGUGAUAACAGUGUUAGAGUUGUUGUGGAGUCGGUUACAUUAGAUCAUAGCUAAUAGCAGCUGUAUAUAGAAAGCUUAUUCUGUUUCCAUGCUUUCAGCUUUUAUUCGCUACUAUUCUUUCAUUUUUUCUGUAAGUUCUCAGCCAGGCAUCCGUAAUGUGAUUCGUGUAAAUGAAUGGCUGUAAAUCUUAUUGAAUGUAAUAAUCUUCUAUUAUGAUUUAUAAUUUUAUUGCGAGA